GGUAUGCCCCCGGCCCGGGGAAGCUUAGACGUAGAGAGCGGGCUCCGCAGCCUCCCUAAACCCCGCGCCCUACUCAGGAGCCCCCGCGGGCACGAGGCCUCGCUCCCGGGCGGGGCCUUUCUUCUUUCCUCCCGUCCGGGAGCCAGUAGCAAAGGGCCACGGGGCCGCUCGAGGCCGCCCCCUGACCCCGAAGGGCUGCUCUGGAGGCUGCGGCGUUUUUUUCCCCCCGCGGCCCUGCUCUGACCCCAGGCCCUCCCUGCUGCCCACUCGAGCCUCGGCGCCCACGUUUGGCCCCCUAACCGCCCUUUUUGAUAGCCGAGCCCGAGGGGCGGGUGAGCCCCCUUUUGUCCCCUGCUUUGGGCGUGAGGCCUUCACGCAGGCCCCCGAUGUCCCGAGGUGGCCAUGAAGGCAGUGCUGGCCACCGGCGCUGGGGAGGGUAGGGUGAGGGGCUGGGGCCUGGGAAAGCCGAGCGGGCCUUCCCCGGGAUCCCCCGAGGCGGAGGGCUGUGGGGUAAACCCUCGCACCUCCGGCCAUUCCUGGGGGAGGGGAUGCAGACUGGGCGGGCCUUUGGAAAUGCAGAUGAGUCGCCUCCUGCAGCUCCGCGCUCCGGCUGAACCUUCGUGACUCAUCGGUCCCCCGCCCCCCAUCCAUUUUAGAGUGAGGGCCGCCUUGGCAGCUGGGAAGGGGGUUCGGCAUUUGUAAGGCUCUUCUUCCCUCUAGGAGAUCCUGUCCGGUUUGUGGCCAUCGACGCCCUAAAAAUAACCCUCCCAUUUUUCUCUUUAGGCUCGUGACCGGAGAAGGGGCCCGGUACCCCCAGAGUGGACCGCCCUCCUUUGGACAGCAGAAGCAGGUCUAGUCUGACUCUGCCAGUCCUCACAUUAAGGUAGGUGUGAGCCCUUUCCCAGCCUGCGAGGGCGAUUUGGGGGGCUUUGGCCUGGCGCCCAGGGAGGGCGGGCACCCCAAACCCGCUAGUCUGGUUCUGCGGCCCCUCCCCCACACAGAUGUGUGGGACUGUGUGAAAUCGGCUGCCUGCUGGGCCUGCUUGGUCCAUCCAUUCCCGCCUGUCAGCUUCUGUUGUCAGGAGUUUGGGGCGUGCAAUUCUCUGCCGUAUUUAGCAGCAUAGGAGAGGCUGCACUUAGGAGAGUAUUUCCCAGUCGUGUGUUUUGUGGUGGGGGAGGGCCCUGGAUGCCUCUUCUGAAAGGCACGGACGGCUGCCAGGAAACCGGACCCAGCGCUGGCCCUCCCUUCCGGCCCGCAUAGGGGGUGUGUGGGGUGAUUGUAUGAAAUUGGCCUCUUCCUUUCUAAUGUCUGGCUGCUAGGGAGGUGAAGAACAGAAGGACCUGAGAUCUGAGCCAGUUUUCUUUAAGAAAGAGGUUUCUUGACUCGUCUCCUUCCAGGAAAUUCCCACGAUUCCAUCUCACCCAGCCCCCUCCCCCUCAAAGUCCUUUCUAGAAUUGAACAAACCCGAAUUUGAAACCUGGCUAGCCGUUUUACCUGCUGUGACCUUGCGUAAGCAGCGCAGUGUCUCAGCCCGUUUCCCCAUCCGAACAAAUGGGUCAGUGAUUGUCAAAGUGUGCAUCCGAUCACAAGGGUGGCUCGUUGAAAUACUCCGAGGCCCCAUCCUUGAGUUUCUGAUUCAGUCGGUGGGGCCUGAGAACUCGCAUUUCUAAUAAAUUUCCCAGGUGAUGCUCAUGGCUGCCUAGUGGAGACACAUUUUGAGAACCUUUGUGCCGAGUAACACCUUGGGGUGUUGAAAGAACCUGAACUUGUGCACUUGAAGCCCCGAGCACAUUUCUUGUUGCAGAGUCAUGGGCUUCGUAGUAAUGGCAACUCUCAUUUUCCUAACACACAAUGAUUGAGAGGGCUCUCCUGUCCUCUUGAUCUCCAGGAAGCUCCACAGCUGGAGAUAGUGUGGCCCUUGAUCUCUGACCCCUCCCCCAUGUGAGCUCUAGUUUGUGAUUACUUUGAUGAACCAUUUGGGUCCCUGCUGAUUGCACAGCCUCCCCCCUUUUGGGUUCAGGCUUCCCAGUCUGAUCGGCUCUGUUCACUUUUAUCCCAUCCCUCAGUGUGGGGGGCUGAAUUGAGGAUUGAGGGAGCCUUAGGGCCUGACCCAGAAAUUUUCCUGGGGCAGUGUUGGUGCUUCACCAAGGGAAGCUGUGGGUCAGGCAGCUGUGGGCUUGACUCUCCAGGGUGCUGGUGACCUUGGGCGAGUCUCCUGUGUAAAGUGAUGAUAAUGAAGCCUGCUGUAAAGGGUGGAGGGCAGAUCAAGUGCGAUUAAGGGAUGCCGGCCUCACGUUCUGGCUUCACUAUAGUUGGCCUUCAUUCCUAGGUGGCUGGGCUAUCUGUAGGCUCCUCCCCCACUAGCCCACCCCAUAGCAUGUGGCCAAGUCUCUGGGCAAAGGGGAAGACUGACUCUCUGCCGGCUGAGGGCCAGCACUGUUUUUCCUCCAGUGUGUGAGUUGGGGUGGUGGCCCUUCCUCAAGUCCACAGGCUGUUCCAUAAUGGGUCCUGAUUUAGCGGUCCCCCCCUGCAACUGGGAGAGUAGAAGUGACUCACUCAAGGUCAGGAGGCCACCACGGGCAGUCAGAAUGAGGUUCCAGGUGUCUUGACUUCCAGCCCAGCGCCUGUGUCCGUGGCACCCCCUCGCCCCAGCUGUCUGGGUUAUUUUGGUCUCUUGCCCGUGCCAGCUGUCUGCUGGCAUCAGUGCCCGGGAGCCGGUAAAGCUGUCUGGUUGAAAGUAGCCAGCGUGGUACUCGUAGUUCCUUCUGGCUGCCGAGUCUUGACCGCAUGAGGGUCUUAUCCCAGAUAAGGUGGAUUUGGUCCAUCCUGUCCUUUGCUCAGGUGAACGGGGUGCAGCUGCCUACACUGGGCACUAGACUCCCUUUCCCCUACCCAGAGUGAGCACUUUGUAAAAGCUGGUGAGGCUCAGAUUAUUAAUAUCCUAUACUGUGAGACUCUUCCCGAGUUCCACAUUUGUCCCAGUCCUAAGGUUUAGAUUCUGCUCUGCCACUGAUGUGUUCGUUCAACUCCCUUCGAUCCUUAGGUGACGUUUCUGCCACCUGAGGGUGUCCUCCAUCCUUUCUGAUCGAGUCCUUGGGGCUCCACAGAGCAGGGGUCUUUACCUCCCGUGGACACUGGAUGGUUAAAUAAUUGAAAUCUUUCCCUCACAGCAGCAGCCUGAAGGGCUACAGCCAGUUCCAGUUCCUCCACACCCGCCCUUGGACCAAUUAGGGAACAAUGAGGCGCUCCCCUGGGGUCGGGGUGUGAUUCUUGGAAAGGGAGGGGUGUCCGGAAGACCUGGAAGGAUUGUACCCCCUUCUCGCUUCUUUUUCCUUUUUUCUCCCUCUUGAAUUUCUUUGUCCGCAUGCUGGUUUCACCUCCUAGGUGAAAGGAGGGGCGAGGCAGCCUAUCGGUCCUCAGACGGAGGUUCCUGCGCACGAGGGUGGCCCCGCCCACCGGUCACCCAGCGAGCUCGGGGCGGGGCGUUCCUGGCGCCCAGCCGGUGGAGCCUGCCUGGAGAGGGCCACGCCAGCGGAAGGGCGGCUGGGAGGUGGCCGGACCUGCCUUUCUACUGGACGCCAGGGCCCCGCCCCUUCCGGCCCGUCGGCCAACAGGCGCGGCGUGGAGUACGACCUUUCGGACCCUCUAUGUGGAAACUCGGAGUCUGCCUGGACUGUGGAGGGCGCCCGGCCAUCUCAGAGGCCGCCUGGGUCCAGUGCUGUCUUGUCCCCUUUUGCCCAGUGACCUCGACAAGAUCCCGCCCCUCCAGGACUAGUGGUCUCCCUUUGUGAACCAGGAGGGGGAAGUUGGAUAACCUCUUGAGCUGUUUCUGAGUCUGGCUUUAUGAAGGCUGCUUUUUUACUCUGGCAGUCACUCCCUCAACCCUGUUACCAAAUGUCGAGCCUGGAGGAGAGCCCUAGCACAGGAAGAGACAGCUUUGAUCCCCCAGGCCACCCUGGGCCACCUCCCAUCUCUGGGACCUGAGGAUGGCUCCAUUAACUUCCGUCCCACACGGGGUGGAUGACCCCUCAGGUGUGCAGUGGCCUCCGACAGUGUUCCCGAGGCACUAGGGAAGUGGAAGCCAUAGCGUUGCUGUUCACUUCCCUGUCCUGAUCUGUGCUGGCCAGACCUUGACCUCAUAAGACAGAAGUGUAUCUGGCCCUACUUCUCUCCUGGGGUCAGUUGGCCUCACUAGACACCCAGGGCUUCCCAGGUGGCUCAGACGGUAAAGAAUCUGCCUGCAAUGCAGGAGACCCGGGUACAGUCUUUGGGUUGGAAAGAUCUUCUGGAGUAGGGAAUGGCUACCCACUCCAGUAUUCUUGCCUGGAGAAUCCCAUGGAUAAAGGAGCCUAGCAGGCUACAGUCCAUAGGAUUACAAAGAGUUAGACAUGGCUGAACGACUUAACACUGGGAGAGCCCCUAGGCCUAAGUGUGAACACAAGUCGUUUACCUGCCAACUCUAGGUUUCUGUGUCCCAACAGUUCUGUGGCAAGAACCAAGUUAAAGAACUUUUUUCUUCUCCCAAAUCUCUCCAGGAAUUCCUGGUGAAGAGAAGAAUGGCCUGGGUCCUCAGAUUGUCUUGCAGCGCUCUACCCGGCGAGCGGCUGCCAGUGCUGCCGGCUCUUGGCUAUGGACGCUGCUGGGGCCCCGGCCCCGGCCGCAACCGCCGCCCCGGGCUCCGGCCGGAAGGAGCUGAAGAUUGUGAUCGUAGGCGACGGCGGCUGCGGCAAGACUUCGCUGCUCAUGGUGUACAGCCAGGGCUCUUUCCCCGAGCACUACGCCCCAUCCGUGUUCGAGAAGUACACAGCCAGCGUGACCGUGGGCAGCAAGGAGGUGACCCUGAACCUCUACGACACCGCCGGGCAGGAAGAUUACGACCGGCUUCGGCCCCUGUCCUACCAGAACACCCAUCUCGUGCUCAUCUGCUAUGACGUCAUGAACCCCACUAGCUACGACAACGUUCUCAUCAAGUGGUUCCCUGAGGUCACACAUUUCUGUCGUGGGAUCCCCAUGGUGCUCAUUGGCUGCAAGACAGACCUGAGGAAGGACAAGGAGCAGCUGCGCAAGCUCCGGGCAGCCCAGCUGGAGCCCAUCACCUACACACAGGGCCAAAGCGCCUGCGAGCAGAUCCGGGCCGCCCUCUACCUGGAAUGUUCUGCCAAGUUUCGGGAGAAUGUGGAGGACGUCUUCCGGGAGGCCGCCAAGGUUGCCCUCAGCGCUCUGAAAAAGGCACAGCGGCAGAAACAACACCGGCUUUGCUUGCUGCUCUGACAGCUCCCAGCAGGGCAUGCAGCCCUCAUAACAGAACUGACAGGGCCCAGGCCCCCAGGCCCAAGCUGCUACCCGAACCCCACCCCUGCCCCAGCUCUCGAAGGGCACUUGGCGUCAGGCACCUCCAGGACCUAGUGUCUGGAGCCUGUGGCCAGGCUCUUGGAACAUUCUGGAACUCUCUCCUUUCCCAGCUGGAGCUCUGACCACACACUCCCCUCCAGCCUGUGUGGUCAUAGUGGUGAGGGUGGGGGUGCGGCCCUCGGUUCCUCUGUAUCCUGGAACCAGCACUUGUCCCCGGCACUCAGGGCCCUUGUCACAACCAGCCCCCAGCUGUGUGUUCCCCGUCGGCACACCUGACAGGUCCUCCAAGCCCAUGCCUGAAACGAGAAACAAUGUCUGGUACGUGGAUAAAGGUGGACUUGGCAGCCUUCCACAGGGCCCCCAAGCCUGCUCUCCCAAGUCACCCACCUCCCUGGGCCCCCGAAAUAGGCAUGGUCACAACCUCCAGCUUCUUGCUUUCUCCGCCCAGGAACUCGGGCACCACGGUGGGCCUGGGGCCUAUCAGAAGAACAUAGGCCUCAGCCUUGGACAUGGGGGCCUUCCCUCCUCCACCUCAUACAAAGGACUUCAGUCUCAGCCUUCAGCUUGGCCACCAUCUUUCCAGAGCUGGAUGCACAGGGGGCAGAGAGGAACCUCUCUCUAAAAGCAAGAAGUAUUCCCUGGACCAUCUAUUUGAUCCCUGCUCAGCGUCUGUGACCCUACCCUGGCCACAACUUGCCAGAAACCCGAGAUGAAAAGUAACAGCGGCUCUUGAGUGAUCUUGGGCAAUUCAGGUCUCUACAGAUUUCUUUUCCCCGCAGAAGGAUGGCACUGGCUCCCUUCUGUCCCAAACAGCGCCCCCUGCUGCCGAGGUGUGGAGACCACACACCAAGGCCAUCCUGGCCUCCUGGGAGACUUCCGGAUUAACCCCCAGCACAGCUUCGCUGAACCUCCCGAAAGGUCUGGGGUCUGGGUCGGGUCGGUGCCCCAGAGAUUGUGAGCUGGUGGUUCCUGAAUAAGCCGGGGAAUCAGCUUUACCUAAUAUGAGAUCAUGGCGUUGGGUGGUUCCUGCCCUCCCUCAUAUCUUCUGCCUAUACCCCCUGCCUUGCCUAGUGCUCCGGCCUCCACUGGGCCUGAGAAAGAGACUUAUAAAACCUACCCUACCCUACCUAGGUUCCCCAAGACCCUGCCAUGCCUAGGGGGAGUCAACAGAGCAUUCAGUUCAGAGCUUCGUGGACAAAGAAAGGAUGGUCUAGGACAGAGGAGGUCCACAAACUACAGUCUAUGCGCCAAA